CUAUACAGUAUAGCUACCAUCGUCGAACGGCUUUGUUCCCCAAAGUGAUUUGCCCUUCCACGUUAUCUUGCUAACUGUCAAACGUUGCCAAGGUCCGAUUGAGUUUCACAAUUAACGUUUGUACACCACUUAUGUCAGAUCUAUUGCUACCCAUCUUUUCAUAUGAUGACACAGACGUUGUUCCAGAAUCGGACGCGUCGGCGCAAGCAGGGCAAGGAUCCCGCUUGAAAGACAUUACUGCUUCUUCCGUGGAGCUAGUUAGUGCUGAUCAGAAGGGGGAAAGUCAUGCGCUUGUUACAGAGAAGACAGCUAAGGGGUCCCCGGCAUCCGGAGGAGCAGAAGCAUCGCUGAACGCAGCUGGCGGCCAAAGCCUUGCUUUGCAGCCCAGCUCCAUCCCAAACAACCCUGAACCUGCUGUGGAGCCCACCAUAGCUACGGAUCGCAGCCCUAGCUCCUCCGCUUCUGCCCGGGCCACUGCCUCCACCCCCAGUCAACCCACAGUCAGCUCUCCCCACUCCCCAGCUAAGCACUCCAGCCAAAAAGGCCGCUUAAGCGCCGCCUCAGCCUCUACAGACCGCUCCGCAAAGCCCAAACCCAGCUCUCACGCAGCCAACGGCGCCGCUAUUAACACCGCUGGUGACACCAAAGCCGAUGCUGAUGCCAAUCUCGACGACGACGACGACGACGACGGCGACGAGCUGGACUUCGAGGCCCGGCGGCGUCGCGCCGUGUUCACCGCCAUGCUGUUGCUGCUGGAGCGGGGCGCGCGGGACGAGGGGCAGCUGGGGCGGCUGGUGGCGCCCAUGAGCGGCGAGGAGCUGCUGCAGGUGGCGGAGGAGCGGGCGCUGGCAGGCCACUGCGGCAACCCGCUAUGUACCUCACCACACUCGGUGCCGCAGCCCACCUCCGCCCAGCAGCCCCCGCAGCAGCAGGGUGGAC